ACAUUAGAAUAGCUUCGCCUAGGGAUGAUGUUUGCGCAACAUGUGAAGGCCAUAGAAAGAACAUUAUGAAGGCAAUAGAAGAGAGUGAAAAGUUAGAGGCUGCCGAAAACUUCAAACAACAUGUGAUAAAUGCCCAAAAAGAAAGAGAACUUUAUAAUGACUGUGUAAAGCGUGCCAAGGAAACAUGCAUAUUAAGUUCUGAUAAAAGAACAAACCACUAUACUUUUGAUUUUAGUCAAAAUGUAUCCAUUCCUCACUUCUCGCGGCAAAUGGGUCCAAUUUAUUUCAUGUCCCUUCGCAAAGUACAGAUUUUUGGUGUACGGAUAGAUGGACUGCCUAAACAGCUCAAUUUUUUGAUUGAUGAAAGUGAAACUAUGGGCAUAGAUGGUACCCAAACACACGGACCCAAUGCUGUCAUCUCGAUGCUGGAUAUGGUGCUAGACACCCACGGGCGUGGUGAAUCGACAUGCUCCAUCCAUGCGGAUAAUUGUCCAGGUCAGAACAAGAACCGCUACCUCAUUGGCUAUUUCACAUGGCGUGUGAUGACCGGCAGACAUGACGUGAUAGAAUACCACAUGCAAAUACCAGGACUUGCCAGGUGUCUGGUUGACAGUGGAUUUGGGCAUUUAAAGAAACUUUACAGGAGGUCGAACAUUGAGACAAUGGACUCAUUGACCCAGAUGGUGAAUAUGUCCUCAGCAUCCAAUGAAGCAGUGAGGUAUCCGGCAUGGAACUGGCGGGAUUGGAAAGGGUUUUUGUCCCGACUGUUUUGUCCUGUACCAGCGAUAAGACAAUAUCAGUACUUCCGCAUGACGACGGAAGAGCCAGGUGUGGUCACAAUGCGCACGAGAGUCGGAUGUCCAGAGGUCAAGGUUACAGUGACUAUGGAUGGCGUCCAUAUUCCAUACCAACAACCGCAGAUUGUAGAGGCCAAAGGACUCAGCCGAAACAGACAGGAGUACUUGUACAAAGUUGUCAGGCCAUAUCUCAGCGAUGCUAACAAGGAUGCUACUUGCCCUUGCCCAGAAACAUCACUAUAGUUAUGUCGUCGCAUCUAUCGCAUCUACGGCGAAAUAUUACACACAUUAUAAUGUCAAUAUUUACAGGCGAAUGACAAAUAACUUGAAACUUAUUCUUCAGUACUUUUUGAAUAUCCUUCAAUGUCUGUUUGAAUACAUUGCUUUAUUUAUAACACAUUUAAAUAACACUUUUUCAUAUCAAAUGAAAUAUUUGUAUUCACUUCUGCUCGUUUCUAUAGAAUUCAUGGCAAACGAAGAAUUCUGCAUACAAUAUAAACUGUACGAUAAAUAAAUUGUGAACAUGCUAAGAAUAAUUAUAAAAAUUAUUAAAGAUUACUCGACUCUUAAUUUUUAAAAACAGCACUUUUGGGAAAUAAAAAUCUAACAUUUCAACAAAAUGAAAUUAUUUUAUUAUUUAUAUUAUUGGAUAUUGUUGGUUUAUGUAUUAAUUGUGUAAUUGAUAAUGUUUGUUUUGAUGCGUGCAUUCCUAUGAAAAAUUAAAUGAUAUGUUGUGAAAAUAUGUGAGAUUGGUUUAGAAAAAAAUGAUUUAAACUGUAUGGUUUGCUGGUCGAUGUAAAUAUAAGUGGACUUUGUUGCUAAGCAACGUAUGCUAGUUUACAGUUUAAUGUUAAUCACAACUAUUUUUAGAACAAAUAGAUACCUGAUAAUAUAUUUUUAACAAAAUAAAUGCGUUCUUAAAUGUUAUUUCAUGUCUUGUUUAUAAGUGUGGUUUUUGAUGUAACAUACAUCUGAAUGCGGUUUACUUGAAAACGCUGUUAACGUUGUUAACGUCAAAACACCUCUGCAGUGCUGUUACUAAAAUAAAAAUUUCUCUGUAAGUAAUGGGGCUAUAUCUAUGAAUUUGGUAUCAUAAUAACAAGCACAGAACAGUCUUUAUCAAUCCAUAGAAAACAAAAAACGUCAAAUUUUGUCACGAAUACAGGUUUUGCCGCGACACGGCCCAUAUGUAUUCAUGAUAAAUCUCUUCUAACACUUGUAUUUUUGGAAGGAUUUUACAUUCAAAUGUGGCUUUGUCAAUGGUAUUUGUAUUAUGUAGUUGUCUUUGUAAUGUUUCCAUAUCAUGAAGUGUUUUUUUUAAGUUUGUGUGUUUCUUUUUGUUUAAAUGAUGUGUAUCUUAUUGUUGUAUUACUUAUAUUACCAUUUAUAAUCAUCCAUUAAGUAUUUGGGUUUGCAUCUUUGUUGUUUUGUACUGUAUAUGUUAUCUCUUGUUUUACUUUGUCUUGAUAUUGAGCAUCUAACAAAUUGCUUUAAAUGAUUUAAAAUAGCCUGGUCCCCGUUCGGGCUGAAUGUUGAUAAGUUUUAGAGCAACAAGGGAAUGAUCGGUCAUAAAACCUGGUUUGAUGCAACAGUUGUCGAUUAUAAUGCAUAGUAAUUCUGAUAUAAGGAAGUAGUCUAGCCUGCAAUAUAUAGUUGGUUUGGUGUUUGAACGCUAUGCAAAUUUGCACAUGGACGGAUUAAAUGUACCCCAAAUAUAUAACAGCUUACAAUUUUCAAAUAUUUCAUUAAAAAAGUCCUUUUUUUCAGAUGUGUAUGUAAGUUGCCAUUUUUCUUGUCUAAUAUUGGAUUCAUCACGGUGUUGAAGUUUCCGCAAAUUAUUAUAUUUUUAACUGAAUUGUCAUCAAUAAAGGAAUGAAAUGUUUUGUAAAAUUUACUUUCAUCUAAGUAAGGACCGUACAUAUUAAUAAAUGUUAUUUGUGUUUCGUGUAUUGUAAUGUCAAGACUCACUAGUCUUCCAAUUAUUAUAUCUUUAAAGUUGCUGACUUUAAUAUAUGAGUUAUUUUUUAUUAAAAAUGUGAUUCCUUGUUUGUUUGUGUGAUGUCCACUGAGAUAAAUAUCACCAUCCCAUUCGUGUUUUAAUGCUUAAAUGACAGUAUCCGUCAAAUGACUUUCUUGUAGUAGGCAUACAUUAUAUUUCUUUUCUAAUGGUAUUUACAUUUCGCAGUCGGUACGUUACGCCAGAGCAUGUUCGUGUAUUAAAGAUUUUAAUGAUCUUAAUCGUAUAUUAACGAAGAAAUUGCUAAAACAAG